UUUCGCUGGGGAGAGAUGGCUCUUACUCUCCAGGAUGUGUCGAUGCUGCUGGGACUACCAUUGGUGGGUGAUCCCAUAGGACCGUUGCAGGCACCAGCUGAUUGGCAGGAGGGUAUGGCAAUACGCUUUCAAGGUAUUCUUGCCGGAGCCGGGCCACUCACCUCGGAGGCUCACAGACCUAAGCUAGAUUGCUUGCUUAAUUACCAGAUUCAGAAGUUUGGAUAUUCAGAGACCCAAAUGACUGAGCCUCAGAUCACUCGGAGCCUUGAGGCAUAUAUAAUGUGGCUUCUCGGGAAGGUGAUGUUCACCGAGAACCACGUCACCACCAUUAGCGCACGCUACAUCCCUAUUGCAGUGGAGAUCGCGAAUGCAACUUGUGGUGACGACAUCACAUAGAGGAGUUGGGGUUCGGCCGUCUUAGCGGCUACGUACCGAGAACAGGCGGAGGUGGGCCAUCAGACCGUUAAUACGGGAUCCAAUAGUUCAGGUGGCCAUUUUCAAAUUUGCAGAAGAUGCCUCAUUUUAACCUGAUAUGUCAUGAUUAAUACGAUUAUUGCUUUUACAAUAUAAUACGAUUAUUUGGUUACAUAUUCAAGCAGAUAUUAAGUGCCAAAGUUGCUCAUGGGACUAUGGGAGAUCUUGCAAAAUCUAAACUGUAUAUGUUACGAAAGUAGAAGACCAGAGAAACAAUACACGGAAAGGGGAAACGCGAGGAAUAUGUAAAGGCAAAAAUGUGUGUUGAACUUGCAGUGCACUUAACACAUGCAUCUUGUACGGACUCCUUCCCACCCAUAUCAAGUGACUCAAAUUUUUCCCAAUAUGGAUGUAUCUAUGACCAAAGAGCGUCUAGAUAUAUGUAAUAUUUCGUCACGGAAGAAAUAUAUCCCUGUACUACCAAAAUAAAUAGAUGCUGGAGGAUAUUUCACCUUUAAGUUGACAAGCUUUUGUCGUAUUUGAUGUAUAACUACUUUAUUCACGAAAGUAACUAUUGUACAGUAUGCAACUAUUAUCACCACUGGCGGUUCAUUGAUUAGGAACUCAUAAUAUGUUUUCUAUCGCUGAUUCAACUAGUUUCUCCCUGGCAAA